AUGGCUUAUCCUGAUUUCAACGGGAAUCAGAACCAGCCUAAUGCUAGGGGAAACGACGAAUCCCGUAACUGGAGUACGUUUCAAAGGGAGAAUCUACCUAUCUUCAGGAGUAAGCAUGAUCCUGACGGGGCACAGAAUUGGCUCAAGGAGAUCAAAAGGAUUUUUUGGGUAAUGGAUUUCCCUGAGGGCCAAAAGGUACGGUAUGGCACGCAUAAGCUAGUUGGAGAAGCUGACGACUGGUGGUUGGACACUCGUCAGAGGGUGGAAACUGCAGGUGAAGUGAUUAAUUGGGCAGUGUUUAGUAGGGAAUUUCUGAGUAAGUAUUUUCCAGAGGACGUAUGCGGGAAGAAGGAGAUUGAGUUCCUUGAGCUGAAGCAAGGAAUUCUAUAA